AUGUUUUAUAGCAGCGUGGAUAGCAAUGCUAGGAAUGGAGUGGGCAUUAUAGUGGAUAGACACCUGAAGGAGGAAGUUAUGUCAGUUGAGAGAAGGAAUGACAGAAUUAUGAGUUUAAGGUUGAAUGUUGGUGAGACUGAGACAACACUGCUGAGUGUGUAUGCACCACAAAUAAUGGGAAGGGAUGAAGCAGAGAAGGACGAGUUGUGGAGUGCUAUGGAUGAGGUGAUGAUGGCAGUACCAAAGGAAGACGGAGUUCUUGUUGGUGGAGACCUGAAUGGCCAUGUAGGGGGUAACAAUGAUGAAGAGGAAAGAGUUUUUGGGAGACAGAGCUUUGGAAGGAGGAAUGAAGGAGGACAGCGAAUUGUAGACCAUGCUGUGGCCUUUGACUUAGCAAUAAUGGACACAUUCUUUAGGAAGAGAGAAGAGCAGCUGAUAACAUACAGGAGUGGAGGUCGAAGGAGCCAAAUUGAUUAUUUGCUAUGGAGGAGAUAUCACCUGGAAGAAAUAAAGGAUGUCAAAGUUAUUAAUGGUGAUAAUGUGUCUGCACAGCAUAAAUUGUUAGUGAUGGACUGA